AUGUCUUUAUCGUCCGUAAAUCUUGGUGCCGCCACUGAGGCGAAUGUUCAAUGGCCUGUCGUUCGUGGAGCGUAUGAAAUUGUCAAGUCAAUCGGCCAGGGCGCUACGUCCGUCGUGCAUGAGGCAAUAUGCAAGCCACUUAAUCGAAGAUGCGCAAUGAAGAUAAUCAAUCUUGAUAAAUCCAGUACCUCAGCUUCUCUUGAGGAAAUAAAUAGAGAAAUCAAAUCUAUGAAAAACAUGAAAAACGAAAAUAUUGUUGCAUAUUAUUCCUCAUUUGUCGAUAAGACUGAGCUUUGCAUCGUCAUGGAUCUUUGUCAACGAGGUUCAUUGCUGGACGUUAUUAAGUUCAUUCAAAGCAAAAGAGACAUCACAUACGGUGUCUUUGAUGAGUACACGAUAGCUACUAUCUUGAGAGAUGUUUUGCGUGGUCUUGCAUACAUUCACGAGAACGGUCUUGUUCAUCGCGAUUUAAAGUGCGGAAACUUGUUGGUAAAAGACGAUGGUGUGAUUCAAAUAGCUGAUUUCGGCGUUGCUGGUUUUCUUGCAAGCCAACCUUUAACCGAAACUGGCAGUAUGGGGCCGCGACGCUUUACAUUCGUCGGCACACCUUGUUGGAUGGCACCAGAAGUUAUGCAACAGACAGGAGGGUACAACCAUAAGGCGGAUAUUUGGUCUAUUGGAAUUACAACUAUUGAAAUGGCCACGGGACAAGCUCCUUACGCUAAAUUUGCUCCCAUGAAGGUUUUGAUGCUGACGCUGAAGAAUGACCCUCCGGAUAUCGACACGGUAGCCACGGUGCCUAAUCAAUUUGCUGAGUACGGUCACAAAUUCCGCAAGUUCACUCGAUCUUGCCUCGUAAAGGAUCCGAAUCAACGCCUCACUGCCAGAGAACUACUUAAUCAUUCAUACAUUAAAUCCAAAGCUAAGGACCGGGAGCUGUUGUGUCGUGUACUGCUGAGUGGGGAGGUUCCGACACCCCCCCUAAAGCAGAAUCGGCACCAUGAGGACCGGUCAGAUAAGCGUGAUAAACAAAACUUUAGCACCGAGUGGAACUUUGACACAUUGGGACGCCAAACACCCUCAAAUCGUUACUACCCAAGCGACGAUGACAGUGAUGAGGCUGUUCACGCGAGCUAUAACCACGAGGACACCACAACGACGCCUUCUUCGGUGGUGGCUCCCCAUGGAGGAUCAGAGGUACUGGGGACCUCUCCUUCGCAUCCCCCGCCUGUGCCUGCCGGCACCCCCGCAUCUCCUCAAACGGCACCCCCCGGUUUCGGGCAGAUCACUAACCUCCCACAAGUAGACCAUUCUGAUGAGCCAUCCGGUCCCUAUUACCGAAUAACUCUGCGCAAGCGUAACCCUCGACAAAGGAACGAACUGCAAGACAUCAGCUUCAAUUAUGUAAUUGGAAAAGAUUCAGCGGACGUCUUGGCCAGGGAACUUGUUGAAGCUGAUCUUCUUGAUGGCUGUGAUCUCCUCCUGGUUGCGCAUCACAUGAGCGAGCUUGUCGCGCGCCCCAGCGAUCGUGAGCACUGCUUCCCCCUGAAUUCGCCACCAGCUCCUGGCCAGGUGCCCGUGGAGUCGGAGUUGCAUGGUUACGCAAAGAUCCUCAUUCGCCUUGUCGACGACGGACCCUCCUAG